AUUUAGCUUCAGUGUUUCAGAGAAUAGUUUUAUUAUCAGACACUGAACAACUGAAGAAAAUGUUUCACAUGUUUGUUUUGUUCUUUUUGUGCUGCUUGAGUCUGACUGGUGUGUUUGGUGCUGAAACAAAUGAAAUACAGUCAGUGUCAGUGAUGGAGGGAGAUUCUGUCACUUUAUACAUCGAUGUUACUGAAAUACAGAAAGAAGAAAGUAUGAUGUGGAAAUAUGGAGCUAAAGAGUGCAUUAUAGCUGAAAUCAAUAUAAAGUAUGAAAUGUUCUCCACACCUGAUGAUCUUGACGGGAGAUUCAGAGACAGACUGAAGCUGGACGAUCAAACUGGAUCUCUGACCAUCAAUAACAUCACAACUGAACAUGCUGGAGUUUAUCAACUAGAGUUUAGUGGAGUGAGAAAACAAACAUUCAAUGUUUCUGUCUAUGCUCGUCUGCCUGUUCCUGUCAUCAGCAGUAACUCUUCACAGUGUUCUUCAUCAUCCUCCUCAUCCUCAGAGCAGAAUUGUUCAUUGCUGUGUUCAGUGGUGAAUGUGGGUCAUGUGACUCUCUCCUGGUACAAAGGAAACAGUUUAUUGUCCAGCAUCAGUGUGUCUGAUCUCAGCAUCAGUCUCUCUCUACCUCUGGAGGUGGAAUAUCAGGAUAAAAACAGCUACAGCUGUGUGCUCAACAAUCCCAUCAGCAACCAGACUCAACAUCUGGACAUCACUCAACUCUGUCCCACAUGUUCAGGUGAAAAGCUCCUUCUCAUCGCGCUGAUCUCUGCGGGUGCGUCUAGUUUUCUGCUGAUUGUAGCUACAGUUAUUGGGAUCUUCUGCAUCUGCAAGAAAUCUAGCAAAGCCGUCCAGAGACCGAAGGAAGACGGAAGUGAUUCAGCAUUGUGUCAACCGAAAACACGACAGAAGAUAUUGAAGAAGGAUGCUGUGUAUGAAAAUGUUCCCAAAAAGAAGAUGAUCAAAUCCUGUAACUAAUGGAAAAGAGUUCCUGUCUCACACUUUUGGUUUGGCUACUGUCUUCCAGGAUAUGUCUGUUUUGUUUUCACCCCUUGUGUCAUAUCUUUUAGUGUUAUUGUGAUGUCUGAAUUGUUUUUUUUUGUUUUUUUUUAUUUAGUGGUUUACCAUUUGCGCUAAAUGUUCUAUUUUUAGUUUAUCAUAUGGAAAUUUUUCUAACGUUCAUUAUUAAAUAUAAAUUACAACCUUCACUGUGCUGCUCAUGGCUUAUGGAGUGUUCCACAGCCCUUACGAAAAAUAAGUUUAUUCAAGUGUGCUAUUAGUAUACUUCUUUUAAACUAAAAAUAGGAGAGUAUGCUUUUAGUUUAUUUUUCUCUUCUCAGAAAUGGCAUUAUGUACUUCUCAUAAAUAUACUUAGAAUUACAUUUAAAUUUACUUGUCUUAUACUAAAAUAUAUUUGAGCUAUACUCCUAGAAUCUGUGCUUUCAUUAUUAUACGCUAGAGGGCGCUAGUACACAUCUUCUGCACAUAAUUUACAAAAAAACACAAGUGAAGAAGAGAAAGAUACAAUGGAAACUAACACAUGUAACAUGAUUUAUGGUUCAAAAUGUUAAUUCUUUAUUUUUCAUUAAAAGUUUCAUAAAAAAUAAAGAGAUAACAUUUUGAACAAAAAGCUGAGAA